AUAGAAAAAAAAAACAGAAUCUCGAAUGUAUUUUGGGAAAACAUUGCGUACCUUUGCCGUUGGUUUUCCGAGAUCAUUUUCAAAUAGUAGCGACUCAAACGUCGCCGCGUUAGCACGUUAUACUUGCUGGUUUUUUUUUGGGAGAAAAUUUAUUCGGUAUUAUAAAGUCCCUCUGUGUGAAAUUUCAUAGAAUAUUUAUAUGAACAUGUUAUACAAGGAACUUACCUCUUUUGUAUACAGCGAUUGCAUACAAAGAAAUUAAUAAAUAAAAAAAAAUUGUUUGUGCGGUUAAUAAAAAAAACUUUGUGGUUGUUCGUCGAAAGGAAAAAUUCGUAAUUUGCAAAUGUUAAAAUUAAUAAUUUUUAUCGGCCGAGUUUGCACAUUGUCUACGAAUAUACGAGUAAAUAUUGUCGCAGAUUUAAUGAAGUGAUUUUUUUGAUUUUGAUUCAGAAAUGAAGAGAAGUGAUUUGAAUAAGAAAAUGGAAAAUAUUCCGUUGAAAAUGUCGAAGAUCUUAUGUUCUUAAAGACUUCGAAUAACGGCUUUUAAGUUAUGUAGUACGACAAGCGGAGGACUUUUUACGAGAAAACAAAACAAGAAAAAAACAUUGGAAGAUUUUUGUAACCGAGAAAAAAAAAGUUCGAAACGAGAAUCAGUGUAAAUGUUUUUAGUGUUUGCAACAAAAUAAUAAACAAACGAGAGAGUACAUUCAGUGGGCACAAAGACAAAAACAUUGAUACGUAUGUACUUAAAACAGAAUACAUCGAAAUAAAUCAACGGAUGAAUAGAAAUCGAGUCUCUUUGAUUUUUAUUUUCAAAGUAAAUCAAGACACGCUUACCUGCAUAAAAUAGAAACGUCACCCGAUACAACGACUGAUAUUGUUAACAAACAAAAAGUAACAAAUUUUAUAUACGAAACUCACAUUGUAAAUCAAACAAAAAUAAAUAAAUCCAAGAAAAGAUAAAUAAAAUCGAAAAGAAAUCGAAUCUGUGCUCAAAAUUUGUGCAAUGGAAUGCUUAAUUGAUUCUUGCUUUUCUCUUUGAUUUAAAUGUAUUUAAGCACUUCCGACAAGUGUUCGAAUAGUUUGAUUAAAUUUAAAAUUAAGAAAAAUUGUUGUGCCAUCAUUUAAAAAGCAUUCCAAUGUUGUCUUGUUUGGUACCACGUUUCGGACAAGAAGACAAAACAAUGCCAUCUUCCGCCGCCUUUUCCUUGCAGUUUCCACUACUUUCAACAACCGGAAAAGAUGAUAAUUCGCCUUCAAACUACUUCAUAAGCUGUACACAAUGUCAUCAAGGAUUGCCCGGCUUUCAGGCACUCAAAGAGCACAUCGACACAAUGCAUCCCGUGAAAAGUGACGAUUUGCAUGAACACCGUAUGAAUAAUGGAAAUCUUGCAUCCUCAUCAUCAUCGCCCAUACCAACAUCUAAUGCGCAUAAGCAUUCCCAUUUACCUUCUGCAUCGUCUUUGUCAGCAUCUACGUCCAUCUCAUCACAAAUGCAUGAUGAAAGAGGCCGUUCAACUAGUCCAUGUACAUCGGAUGGUGCCUACGCAUGCUCUCAGUGCUCCGCCUCAUUCCCAAACCGUGACCUACUUGAGAAGCAUGAACUGUUGCAUUCACCGAAUGCUCUUGUGAGUUGCAAAAUUUGUCACAAGACCUUCGCCAAUGUGUAUCGGCUGCAACGUCAUAUGAUAAGUCACGACGAAUCAGCAUUGCUGCGGAAAUUCAAAUGUACCGAUUGUGAUAAAGCGUUUAAGUUCAAGCACCAUCUGAAAGAGCACAUCCGCAUACACAGCGGGGAAAAGCCAUUCGGAUGCAACAACUGCGGUAAACGAUUUUCGCAUUCGGGUUCCUAUUCCAGUCACAUGACCUCGAAGAAAUGCAUCAGCAUGGGCCUGAAGCUGAACAAUCGAUCGAUUAAAAUGGAAAAGUCAAUGAACAGCACCCACAGUAGUGGUGUACCGAAACGUGGUUUCUUGCCGCCAACAUUGCCGGUUGGUUCGAACAAUAACAAUUCGUCGAAUAGCCCGAACAAUAAUGCAUUUAUGCCCAUGCUGACCAAAUACAAUAACUACGAAGCGAUGAACGCAGCUUUCUUGGCCUCAUUCCAGAACCUUCAAAAUCCAUUUUAUCCGAUCGGUCCAUUGGAUCCAAGAACGUCAGCACUCAAUCCGUAUAGUAUACAUCGCCUGUUAGAAUUGACUAGUGCGUCGCAUACAAUGGAUUUGAUAAACAAAGCCAGCAACAAUCACCUCAAAAACGAAACACCUAGUCUGCAUUCCGAUCCGGAAGAUAUGAUUGAGGAAGUGACCGAAGAUGUUUCCGACGAGCCAAAUAAACUGGUCAUGGAUUUAGGCGAUGACGAAGACAAAUCGGUUCGUGAUAGUCGAUCGUCGACAUCUCCGUCACCGAUCAUAAACACCCUCAAUUUGAACAAUGGAAACUUGAGUACUUACAAUUCGAUCAUGGAAUCUGUAAACGCUUCCGUCUCACACAAUUUAAAUUUACAAGAAAAUGCCAAACAUUUAGAAUUUCAACGACAAUUGACGCCGGACAUGCGCCGGUCGUCGUACUCGCCGUCGCAGAGCGAAGAAAAGGACAAUCCGAAGGAAGAGGAAUCGUUGGUGUGUUCGCAGUGCGACAAGAAAUUCAAUCACAAGACUGAGCUGGCUCAACACGAAAAAGUAUUAUGUGGCAUGUUCCGGAAGCACGAACAGUCUGUCGAAAAUGUUGCGAACAAUUCGAACUACCAUAUUCCAAUGCAUUCCGGCAGUGAAGACGAUGGUGAGGAUGUUAACAAAUUAUCUAGUGACUCUGAGCGAAAAGUUCGCGUACGAACGGCCAUAUCGGAGGAGCAACAGUUGAUGUUAAAAGAGCACUACAGUCUUAACUCUCGUCCGAAUCGAGAAGAGUUCCGCACAAUCGCUCAGCGACUUCAGCUGGAUCCACGUGUGGUACAGGUCUGGUUCCAGAAUAACCGAUCACGUGAGCGCAAAUUGAAUAACAUCGGCUACUUGAAACAAUCGUUCGCACAACAACCAACCAUACGAAGUAGUUCAGCGUCACCGGCGUACAGUCCGUUGAUGGAUGAUCAACCAUUGGAUUUAUCAUUGAAAAAAGAGUCACUUCAUUCCACGCCGUCAAGCUCGCCACGAUACGGUACCGCUCCGCAACAAAACGAUUCCCCAGCCACCGACGAAGUGAUAAAUUUAAGCCGUAAAUCGUCUAGAAGUCCAACCCCAUACCGUUCAAUGCAUUACUACGGUGCCGCAAUGUCUCAUCGCGGAGAACAAUUUCCCAGACAUACUCCAUCGCCGAACGAGGCAGUGCCCCGUUACACGCCAUACAUUCUUCCCGGUGCGGCGUCAGCUUUAGGUUUGGUGCCCAUGGAACGUUUACUGCAAAUGACUCCGGAAAUGGCCCGAAAUCCAUUGAUGGGAUUAAAAUCGGAAAGUUUGAGUCCGGGAUCGGAAAAACGUUCAUGGAAAUGUGAAGAGUCGAGAAGUUCGCAUGAAGAUGAUAUGCAUAUGAUGCACUUGCAGAAGAGACCGUCUCUCAAACAGGAACCAGAAGUCGAAGGACAGUUCAUUUGUGAUCAAUGCGAUAAGGCUUUUUCCAAGCAGAGCUCGUUGGCCCGACACAAGUAUGAACAUUCUGGUCAACGUCCGUACAAAUGCCUCGAAUGUCCGAAAGCGUUCAAACACAAACAUCACUUGACUGAGCACAAGCGUUUGCACAGCGGCGAGAAGCCGUUUCAAUGCUGUAAAUGCUUGAAGCGUUUCUCGCACUCUGGAUCCUACAGUCAACACAUGAAUCACCGCUAUUCCUACUGCAAACCUUACAGAGAUUAAUUUCGUUGGCCAUUUUAUUUUCUUCCUUCAGCUGCCAUAUUCAAUGCUAAAUUAAAGGGUGUGCCUACAAAAUAAAUUAAAAAUACAAAACAAAAAAACUGAUUGAGUUCAUGAACAAAUAAAAGAGGUUUUGAUGGAAAUCAGUUUAAAAUUUCAACCGGAAAAUAAAUAAAACUUUUUUGCUAAUCAAAAAAAAAAUUGGAAAAUUUAAAAAUUUAUUUGAACAAAAUAUCGAUGUGAUUUAAGUACAUUAAUUUUACUUCUAAAAACAAACCUAAACUAUAAAAAUAUAAAUUAACGUACUUAAAGUAAAGAAAAUUAAUUAAAAAAAAGAAAGAAAAAUCUAAAAUUUAAAACUAAAAUUCAAAUACAAUCCAACGUUGGGCAGGAUCGUUUUGGAUCACAAAAAAUUGUUUCUUCAUUCCUUACAUAAAAAGAGAGAGAAAUCCAACGAACUUUGUUUCGCUUUUCUUGGUUCUCGUGCGUUUUUUUUUUAAAUUUAAGUUAAAUUCUUUUUUCUUUCUUCCAUUGAAUGUAAUUUUUUCUAAAAAAAUUUCCAUUCAUCCCGUGAAUUCAAAUGGCCAAAAUAGAAUUAAUUUGCUAUAUAUGUAAUGUUUAAGUGACAUUUAAGUUUAGUUAUAAGAUUUUUUAACGGUAAGUUUUUUUUCUUUUGAAAUAAAUAAUUUAAAACUUUUUCUCCAGCCAAACGAUAUUUAAUUUUGCAAUCUCUUAGAUAGAAGUAAAAGAAGACAGAGAAAAUAUUUCGUAAAUCAAUUAAUAACUAUUCAUUGUUACGUAAUAUUAGUUACAAAUCAAAAUAAAAUAUUAUUUUUUAAUUAUUAAUCUUGGGUCGGAAUAUAUCUUGGUAUUAUUCUAUUUUUAGUUCCAUUUUUAUUUUUUAUUUUUAUUUUGUGGAUGAGUGAAUGCUAUUCGAAUUAAUUUUUUAUGUUUUUUUUAUUUAAUUUUUUUUAACUUUGAAAAAAGCUUUUUUUUGAUUUUUUUUCUAUUAUUUUUUCACAUCUUCCGAGGUGUCUAUACCUGUAAUAUACUCAAUAUAAUAUGAUUUUACACUGACUUGCAAUAUUAGCUGAAGCGGAUCAUUAAGUGUGACGCAAAUUAAUAUCUAAGAUCGAGAAGAGAGCAUUUAAUUUUGAAAAGAAAAAAUCCUUUUUUUAAGUUCAUCAAUUUUUUUUUUGGCUUAAAUGGAGUCCGUUCUUCCAUUCUUGCAACCCACCAGUUAUAACAACCACCAUUCGCUAAACAUUUAAUUUGAUCUAAAGAUGAUUUGACGUGAGAUGACACAUCAAAAAACGUGCAUAUAAUACACAUUGUACGUACGAAUGAUUGUGUGUUACAAAUAAUAGGCUUGAAUUUGAACGGUCUAAACUAUAAAUGACAUAUGUCAUCGAAACGUCAGAGUGGGUCAGUUUCUUUUUUUGCCAAUUGCAUUAUGAUCCUUCUGUAAAAGCUCAACUCAAGGCCUCGGUAAUAAUCAGAAAAACAUUAUUUGAAGCUAGGAAUACAUAUUGAUCUCCAGUUACUCGCACUCACCUUAUAAUAUGAGACCCUCAAAUUAUACCACUUCUGUCAGAAUAUACUAAUACUAAGUUAGUGCGCUCUAAGUGAUUUUUCGUUAUAUAAUCGCUAAAGCGAAAAUUACUUUAAGGGUACGUUUACGUCAUUUUAAAGUCACUUACAGAGCACUUGCAAUUUUUUUUUACAAUUUAAGGUUGUAAGGCAUAUUUUUGUGUGUUCAUUUCGAGGCUUUAUGUUUGUUUGUUUUUUUUUUGUCGGUCUGUGUUAUCGUCAGCAACACCUAAUAUCACAUCCUCUUACUCAUUUCAUUUCGUUUUUAUCAACCUGCGGCAUCGUCAUUAUGAAUAAUUUUUUUGAUUUUUGUUUUUCAAUUUAAAAUAUUUUCUUGAAUUAAUGGGAAUACUCACGUGUCGGAAAUUGUUGUGAUCGUUAUAUCGGACUGUUCCUUUAAAUUAAUUGUAGAAAAGAUGUGAGAAGAAGUCAGCACAGAUGUAAUAGCUAUUCGUAACAAAGAAAAAUUGAACGUCAGGGGCCAUUUAAGCACCCCGAUACGAAUUUUAUGGAAAAGAAGGAGUUGGUUUUGAGUUUCAGACUAUUGUUUCUGUCGAAAUGGUCGAGGUUAAGGUACAUGAACAGUACAUAAACUAAGGAAUUAAUUCAGAUCAGUGGAUAGACAUUCUAUUCGUUUCUGGGCGGCGCAGACUGUGGUGUGUUUAAAAUUUUCGAAUUUUCCUCGUGUGAAAUAAAAAAUGUAAAAAUGGAUUUGUUUCACUACAGGAUUUUUUUUACGCACAUCCGAUCCGCCCCAUUGAUCGUUGUAAUUCGGGUUUGGUUUAGAAGCUCAAAAUCUUGCCCAAAUUCGUAAUUUUUCCUGCAACUUCUACAUCCCUAUUAGUUUUCACCAAGUUUCACUUUAGUGCGUUGUUUUCAGCAUUUCUUUUUUAACAAACAAUUUUAGAUAAUUUUCGUUUUUUUAAAUUUUGAAUCGCAAUUGAAAUUACUCUUGAAAAACUUCUCGUGGUUUAUAAUUUUCGCACCUUUCAAACACCCCUUGUAAUUUACCUCUUGUCCGCAAUUAUUAUCGUAAUGUUUUUUCACUCAAAUCUAUUAGAAAAUAAAAUUUCAACAACCACACUUAUUGAAAUAAAUGCAUUUCUUGGACCACACGGUGUUAACAUGACAAUACAAAAAGAAAAAAAAAUUAUUAAAUUAAAUAACUCGACUAAAGGAAAAUAUAAUUCAAACAAUUGAACGAAAAGAAAGGGAA